CUGCUGGAAGAAAUACCUCAAAAUCAUGUUUUGGCGAGCGCAGCUCUCGCUGGAUUGUCCGCUCAGCUCGUGAAGCCAUUGACUGCAGCUGUAGCCGGGAAAGGGUUCAAUUGGAAGCUCAUGCUCAGAUCCGGUGGAACACCCUCCGCUCAUGCCGCUAGCAUGGUUGCCGCCGCGACUGCUCUUGGCUUGGAGAGGGGAUUUUCGGACUCGCUGUUCGGCUUCGCGAUGGUAGUCGCUGGGAUUGUCAUGUACGACGCACAGGGGGUCCGGAGAGAAGUCGGCAAACACGCCGAGAUUCUCAACACAAUAGCCUUCGCGCAGUACAAAGUUUCGAAAGAACCAGCACCCCGAUCAUCGAGGCCGGAAUUGCUCGUCGAGGCACCGGUCGGAGCUACGAAAUCAUCAAACGCUUUCGAGAGAGAAGUGGAUUCCAGCAACAAUGGGCCUUUCUCCAGAUCAACGAAGUUCUUCAAGACAGCGCAAAAUCUUCCCAGCAUGAAAGAGGGCGAAGUGUCGAUCCAAGAACUCGGGAGCGAGGAUGGAUGGCAGUACAUUCCACUCAAAGAAUCGACCGGUCACACAAAAUCCCAAGUUCUCGCCGGUGCUGUGUUUGGGGCCAUCCUCUCAGUCAUCUCCCACGCCAUUGGAUUAAGCUAAAUCGCCGUGGCCAGGUUGCGCCACGUGUCGCACCGACGCUGUGCGUUGCUUUA